ACUCUUCUUCAAUCUACUCAGUUGUGCAUGCUACACCCACUUCCAACACUAUCAACUAGUGCAAGUUACUAACGUCCAUUCCUCCACCACUUCUCACUCAUUUUUUGGUCACGGCAUCUUCCAUCUACCGGUCAAAUCUGAUUGAGAAGUGUUAAUGGCAAAGAGAGCAUUAUGCCAAGGUGAGACCACUAGUCGGGAUACUCUAAGAUGGACCGACGAAAUGGAUACAACCUUCAUUGAUGCUUUGAUUGAAGAAAGCCGCAAAGGUAAUAGAGUGGAUGGCACAUUUACUACAAUGGCAUAUGACAACAUACUUUCACUUUUGAGAUCUAUCUAUGGUAACCAUAUCCGCAAAGAGAAUCUUAAGAAUAGACUCAAGACUUUAAAGGAUCAUUUUGGAGUUUGUUAUGAUAAUUUUCAUGGGCUUAGUGGAUUUUCCUGGAAUCCAAUUACAAAGAUGUUUGAGGCUGAAGCUGAAGUCUGGGAAGAAUUGAUUAAGGCAAAACCAGAAGUGAAAAAGUGGAUGCGGACUCCAAUCAAACACUAUGAUAAACUAUUUGAGAUAUAUGGUACAGACAAGGCAACAGGAAAACAUGCUGAAAGUGCCAAAGAAAAAGUGAAAAGGUGGGAAAAGAGCAAAGAAAAAAUUAACUUGAAUGAUGAUGAAAGUUUCUUAAAUAUGGAAGAGGAGUGGAAUGAGGAUCCAAUUACUCCUCAUGCUACUAGUUUUACAAUGGGUCAUAGUCCUGAAAUUGGUUUAUCUAACCAAUCAACUGGCUCUCAAGGAACAUCAUCAAGAGGUACUAAACGCAAAACAACCAUGAGUGAUAAAUUAGAAUCAGAAAUGGAAACAAUGAGUAAAGGCAUUCAAGCAUUGACUGACAUGAUGAAAGAUGGGAAUCAUUUUUAUGAGAGAUCAAUUAAUAUUGCUGAAAAGCAAGUGUUAACAGCUGAAGAACAAGUGCAGGUAGCUAAGGAGCAAGUUCAAAUUGCAAAACAACAAGUGCGAAUAGCUGAAAGGGGUCUUGUGAUUCUUGAGCAAAGCAGGCCUCGCAUUUACUCUGAAAAUGACGUGUGGAAUGAGUUAGAGAAUUUAGGUGUGAUGCCAGAAUUGCGCAUGAGGUGUUACCGGUUUUUAUGCAGAGAAGAUAGAGCUAAGAGGGAAUUUUUCGGUGUUCCGGCUGACGUACGUCUUGCCACAUUGUAUGAAUUGAUGAAAGAAGCAGGUGCACUCUAGGAACAAUAGUCCUAGUAACGUGGCUAAUAUUUUGAGAAUGGAACAAAAAUAACUUUAAGAUCAAGAUACGUAAAGUAUCUUCAUAUUUUGUGGGUAACAUAUCUAUGACUUAAUUAAGGCUUAUAAUCAUAAUAUCUCAUGUCUUUGUAUUUUGUGACUCUCAUAACUAUAAAUAUUGUUGACUAUGCUAUUAGUAAUGAGU